GGGGCUGGUCAGAUUCAUGAUGAAGAUGAAGGGGAUUCUGGAUUUGAGAUUCAAGAGCUGCCAAAGGCAGAAGCGGGUUCAGAGAUGGAGUCUGGCUCAGAGGCUGGAGAUUUGCAGUUUCAGUUUGAGCAGGAUGACCUGCUGAACCCAGGAGCCAUAGAUAACGCACAGACUGACAUUCCCUAGAGAAAUAAUGAGGGAGUAUAUUCAGCUCCAUGCCAGGUGCAAGAUAACGGUAGCACAAGCAAUGAACUAUCCAGAGAGGACCGUUUGUCUUGGAUGGGUUCCCAGGUUCGAAGAAAUGAGCGUUUGGCACGCAAAAGAGAAACCAGCUGUGGGAAAAGAAACGCCUUUCUAAGUUGUUAUUAAAAGGAUGCUUUGCAGACUGCUCUUUGUCAGAGCAAUUUCCUCGCUUUAUCUAGGUGGAUGCUCUCUUCAUCUGUGUUCUUGGAUCUUUGGAUUUUGGGCCUUGUUCCUGGACUCUUGGAUCUUUGUAUCUUGGACCUUGUUCUUGGACUCUAUUGGACCUCUGGAUUUUGGAUCUUGUUCUGGGACUCUAUUGGACCUCUGGAUUUUGGAUUUUGUUCUUGGACUCUAUUGGACCUCUGGAUUUUGGAUAUUGUUCUUGGACUCUAUGGACUAUUGCUUUGCCUUGUGGAUUAUUGUUCUUGCCAUGCUCUUUGGACUUCUGGAUCUUGCAUCAUUGAUUAAUGGACAUUUCUUUGCAUUGUGAACAAUUGGAUUCUUACUAUUUCCUUAAAACUUUGAACUACCUUUCGAUUGCUUGCUUGAAUUAUAUCCUGCUUUGCUUAAUAAAAACCUCAAAAGACUUUCCUUGUGUCUGACUGGGUAUCUAUAGCAAGGUGAACUUAGCCUGAGAUGCGACAGAAUCCUAUUUGUACCAAUAAAAACAGAUUUCUCUUUGCUAGUAGAAUGUUGUGACCACCAGAAUCCUUUGGCAUUCUUGACUGUGAGGUCAUUGCUGCGGUCUGUUGUGCUGCAGGAAGAUCCUUCUAAUUUUCCCUGUAUAGGACUAUAAGCAGUAAACGGGAGUCAUGGAGUCUACCCUGCACUCUAAAAAAGUUCAGGGAAGCAAAACGAAUACACCUAUCGAGAUGCACCCCCGAGCAGAUGCCAUUCGCUCUAAGCUGAUCUAUACUUUCUACUUGAUUGAUCACCUGCGAGGCCUGAGUCAUGCUGUGCCUCGCCACAACAUACAAGAUUUCCUAGACCCCAAGAAAAGGAUGAAGCUCAUGCUCACAGACCACCACCAGCUGGUUCGGUUUAAUGUGAUGCCUGUCCGGAAUGUGAUGGUCACUAAAGAGAAACGCUGGCGCAACCGUAUUGAGGUACGCUGCAGUCACUGGCCCCCAUUUGCCUUGUGGGCUUCUUGGCUCUUGAACACCAAAAUAUUCAAUAAUUUCAUCAUCUUUCUCAUUGUUUUAAAUAUGGUCGUGCUCAUGAUUUCAUCAGAAAUAGUGGAGAGGAAGGAAAUCCAUUUUGUAAAACUGAAUAUAACAGUGGAGGUGAUUGUUUGGGUCAUUGUGUUGGUCUUUUGGGGUGAGAUUAUACUUCAUUGGACUGUCAGUUUUCAGCAAUACUGGACAAACCCUUGGAAUGUCUAUGACUUCACAGUCACCUUCAUAUCCUUUGUCCCUGAGUUUUUUUACAUGUUAUACAAGACCCACAGCCCAACAGCCACGAGGCUUCAACAGGUUUGCCGUGUGUUACGCUGCUUAAAGCUUUUCUCCAGAGUCCAACAGUUCAAGGUCCUCAUCAUGGCCAUUGCCAAAGCAUUGAAAGCCAUGACCUUCAUCCUUGUGCUCCUACUCUUCUUCUUCUAUGUCUUUACAGUAUCAGGCAUUUUCUUCUUUGAAACAUUUAGUCGCUCAGACCUAGAGGGCCUUGAGUACACGAUGUAUUUUUCAGACAUACCAAAUUCCUUUGUGACAAUUUUCAUUCUUUUCACCAUGGAUCACUGGUAUGCACUGUUGCAGGACAUGUGGAAAGUCCCAGAGGUAAACAAGGUUGUCAGUGGUGUCUUUAUCUGUGUGUGGCUUCUCAUUGGGGCAUUCAUCUUCAGGGACGUCCUUGUGGCUAGCAUGGUCACUAAUUUCCAGAACAUUCGAGGUAACCUUACUGAGGAAGCUAAGGAGAUUGAGACCCAGCAAAAAGCGAACCGAUUUAAGCUGGAGCUCCUGGAAAUGAGAUACAAUCAAUACCAGGGACAAUCCUAUAAGUGCAACAUAUUACCAGAAAAGACGAGCACAGAGUCAGGAUCAGCAAUUCCAUCUGCAGAGGAUCCGGAGUACAGUUUACAUGACUUUCAUACUGGGCCAUUGGAUUGGGAGUCCUAUGUACAUAGGAACCUGGCAGGUCUAUAUGAUGCUGAUGAGUCUGAGAAAGUAGUUUGGCCUCAAGAUACGCUCUUCCGCUACUUUGAGCUGCUGGAGAAGCUGCAGUACAACCUGGAUGAGCGGAGACAACUUCAGGACUAUGCUGUGUUAGCUUUGUCAAACCUUGCAGAUAAAUAGAAGGAAUAUUGGAUGUACCAAAAUUUAUUUCUUAACUAAUAAGAAAGCCAUACUUUGUUGUGUUCACCUGAUCCUACCCCAUCACCAUCCUGCUGCACUCCUGCUCUGCCCCAACAUUACAGCCUCGGCAUGAUAUGGACAUCAAGAUCGGGUCUGAUUUGUCUGGUCCAUUAUCCACACAGUCCGCCGAAACUAAUCCCUUUCCCCUGCACUCAUCAGUACAGGGAAAAGGGGAACAAUCAGAUCUAUUUUACACCUCAGCUGAGAAUCUAGAAUUGACAACAUGCUUAUUCCAUCCCAAGUUGCUCCAUUGCUUUUGCCCUUGGGAGCUAUUUUCACUGCCUGGUAUAAAUGUGUCCUAGGUCACCACUAUGAUACACAUCCUUUUUUUUUUAGUAGCCAGCACAUGACUUUAUGGCAAAGACCAGGUUCUAGUUCUUUCUUAACUACCCCAUCUUCUUAACUAUUAUAUUAAGCCAAUGCUACUAAUUAUACUAUUACAAUUGCCAUUUGGAUGUCUGAAAGGAUCCACAAAUGUAUUUUUAAUUUGUGGCCCUGCAAUGACUCCUAAACAUAAUAUUGAAGGGACACAAGGGGCCUGAUUUAAUUUGAUUCAAUCUGAUUCAUAAGUAGCAAUGGUAUUCAGAAUAGUUUGAUUAAAUAAAUUGUCUUCUUAAUAGUUAUAAGAUGUCAGUAAGAAAUGUUUGUGACAAACACCACCAAAUGGCCAGCAACAAAACAAGCUCAUCGCCUUCCUGGGGAUGCAAAGGAAAUCAAUUGACCAGGAACUCACACAUGCAGGCAGGGCAAUAAAACUUUAGAAACAGUCCUAGAUGUGAGGAUCAGAGAUGGUGUUUUGUUUCAGUUUGAUUUUGAUAGAUGGACAUUUGUCGUUUGUUGUUUUUUCAUAAAUUUCAGGAUGAAACAAGAUGAAAGAAAGAGGGGGCAUGAGAACAAGGAUGUUUGUGAAAUUAAUUGUACCUGGAAGAAUAUUAUAAAUACCCCAUGUGAAAUCUCAAUCGGUGUGCCACUCCUUUUCAUGAUAGUCACCCGCAGCUCUAUUUGCAAAUAAAUCUGUGUAUUUCUAUCUC